AUGGACCUCCUCUCGAGCGUCCGCAAAUCCGGCUCCCGCGGCGGCGUCAACUUCAGCUGGGACGAAGUCGCCAACUCCUCCCACCGCGAAAACUACCUCGGCCACAGCCUCAAAGCCCCCGUCGGCCGCUGGCAAAAGGGCCGCGACCUCAACUGGUACGCCAAGGGCGACGGCGACGACGCAGGAGCGGUCGAAGGCGAGACGGAACAAGAGAGGCAGGAGCGCGCGCGCAAGGAGGAGCUGCGCAAGAUCAAAGAGGCCGAGGAGGAUGCGCUCGCGCGCGCGCUGGGAUUACCUGUGCCGCAGCGGGAUUCGUCCGGCGCGAAUGCCGUUGAGGUGAGCGGGGCAAGGGGGAUCGGUGGUGCUGGUGCUGGUGCUGGUGAUGCGAAGCCUGUAGAGGAGGAAGGGGCCAAGGGCGGGCUCGUUGUCAGUGAGAAGAGAGAGCGCAGGGAUCGGGAUGAGGAUAGGCAGAGAAGGCGGAGGCGGAGUCGGAGUCGUAGCCCCCGGCGAGAGAGGAGGAGGGAUGGCGAGAGGAGGCGGAGUCGGGAAAGGGACAUGGAUCGCGGGGAGGAGAGGCACCGCCAUCGCCGUGGUGAAGGACGGGAACACGGUGGUCGAGAACGCAGGGAUCGCGACCGUGAUGAGGGACGGGAGAGGCGGCAUCAUCGUAAGGCGAGAAGCCGGAGCCGUGAGGGUGGUGAGCGAGAGCGCGGGCCGAGAGAGCAUCGACGGCGGAGCAGGAGCAGAGAGGGUCAGCGGCCGCGGUCGAGCGACCGCCGACGAAGUCCGGAUGAGCGCCGUCGAUAA